AUGGAGGCCGUUUGGUUACGGAGACCUCAGUCACCCUCUAUGUGCGCUUGUAAUUUUUCCUUAGCACCUGCAAUUCGUGCCGCACGUCGUGCUCGCCGCUGCAUAGGAUGUUGCCUCUCUCGGCCUCACGAGGGUGGAGCAUCCUAUUUUGUUUUCCAACCUGAAGGGCAAGCUGCCGUCCUCAUCACCGGCUGCACCGGAGGCAUCGGCCAGGCGACUGCACGCACCUUUGCCCGCUCCGGCUGCUCAGUAGCAGUGCACUACCAGGCGGCAUCCUCGCACGCCAAGGCAGACACGCUCAUCUCCGACCUCAAGGCCAUUGCCAGCUCCGACGCGCGGUUCGCCAUCUUCCAGACAGACCUGUCGAACUACGACGAGGUGCGCCGCCUCCAUGCUGAGGUUGUGCAGCAGAUCGGGCAUCCGGACAUCCUCUUCGCAAACCACGGCAUCGCGGGGCAUAAGAUUGGCCCACUGCUGGGCAAUAUCAACGACGUGCCCAUGGAGGUGUUCGAAGAGAUGUGGUGGACGAACACCGGCACGAGCUACAUGUUUGCGCAGCUCUGUGUGCUGCACAUGGAAGCGCAGAAAUACGAACACGUCAUUUUCACGUCGAGUAUCGCUGCAGGUAACAGCGGAGUCAUCGAACCCCACUACACAUCAUUCAAAGCCGCCCUGCAUGGCCUGGUCCACUGGCUCUCCCUGUGGUACGCCAAGGACGGAAUCAAAUCCAGUGCAAUUGCACCCGCACUCAUCGAGGAUACCGCCACGAUGGCGAACCUGAUGCCUGAGAUGCGGAGCAAGACCCCCAUCGGGCAACUUGGGAAGCCCGACAAGAUGGCCUGUGGGGGUCUUGCUGCAGUCACCCUCUUCCCCACUCGUACUCGCGCCGACGCCCACGCACAUGAAGAGCAGCAGUCAGAAGCUGGGGCAGGACUCGUGUGGCGGGUCACGCAAACAUAUCAGCAUGCCGUCCCUGGUGUCCACGAGCCGGCGGGCAAGCCAGCAGCAGGUGCGGGAGCGCGAGAGGGAGCGGGAACGCGAGGGAGAAUGCGAUGCGGGGCUUAG